AUGGCGGAAAUGGCCGAUGAAUCGAAUAGGGACUCCCGCGCCAAGGCGGCAAUGGAAAACCGCUGGACAUCGUUACUGCACAACCCCAAACUAAUAGUUAUUGCUCUCUUCGCGUCGGUUGGCGGAUUUGAGUAUGGGUAUCAGCAGGGAGUCCUGGGCCAGUCCCUUGUCAUGACGCGCUUUACGGACAACUUCCCUUCGGUCGUUGCAUCCUCUAGCGCGACUGGAUGGCUCACUUCAAUCUUGCAACUGGGUGGUAUACUCGGCUCUCUAUCUGCAGGAAUUCUGGGCGAGAUAUUCUCUCGGAAGUAUACGAUGUUUUCGGCCUGUUGUUGGGUUGUCCUAGGGAGCUACCUUUAUUGUGGAGCCACUUACCACAAGCCAGGCUUGCUGUAUGCAGGGAGAUUUUUCACCGGUCUUGGGGUUGGUACUUUCAGUGGUGUCGGUCCCCUUUAUAACGCCGAGCUAUCAGCUCCAGAGCUUCGCGGGUUUCUGGUAUCUUUUUACCAAUUUGCUACUAUUUUCGGAAUUAUGCUGUCUUUCUGGAUAGGGUAUGGAAGUAACAAUAUUGGCGGCAUUGGAGAAACGCAAUCGAACCUUGCAUGGCAGCUCCCCUCUAUCAUCCAAGGCAUUCCAGCUGUACUGCUUGCAGGAGGGAUCUGGUGGCUUCCUUUUUCUCCGCGCUGGCUUGUCAAGAAGGGUAGAGUUCAGGAGGCGCUUACUACAUUAGCUUACCUGCGCAAUCUGCCCGAGGACCAUGAGUUGAUUCAGGCAGAACUCAAGGAGAUCGAGGCAGAGUGUCUCUUCGAGAAGCGCUCCUUUGCCAAAACUUUCCCGAACCUGGCAGCCAAGGAGCAAGGAAGUAUAUUGGUUCGCGAGUUUGCCCAGUAUUAUCAAAUCUUCCGAACAUGGGACAAUUUUAAGCGGGUCGCAAUCGCAUGGCUUAUCAUGUUCUUCCAGCAAUGGAGUGGUAUUGAUGCGAUCAUUUACUAUGCCAGCACUGUGUUCCAAAGUUUGGGUUUGACUGGGGGUACUCAGGCACUAUUAGCCACGGGUGUCACUGGAGUAGUGUUCUUUGUAUGCACUCUCCCAGCCAUGCCUCUCAUCGAUAGAGUUGGUCGAAAGCCCAUGCUUUAUGCCGGCUCGGCCGUCAUGUGGAUUUCGAUGGUGCUGGUUGGCAUAAUUGUCGCAAAGUUUGGAAAUGACUUUGCUCACCAUUCAGAUGCUGGCUGGGCGGCAGUGGCUUUCAUCUGGAUCUAUGUCGGCGCAUUUGGUGCUACCUGGGGACCAGUAUCAUGGACACUUGUAGCAGAAAUAUUCCCCCUGUCUAUUCGUUCAAAAGGCUCGUCUUUCGGUGCAUCAAGCAAUUGGGUCAACAACUUCGCUGUUGCCUUCUUCGUUCCACCUAUGUUUCAGACUUGGAAAUGGGGCACAUAUAUUUUCUUUGCAGUCUUUCUUGCGGCUAGCAUUGUAUGGAUUUAUUUCUUCCUCCCAGAGACCAAAGGCGCGACAUUGGAAGAGAUGGAUCGUGUUUUCAAGAGUCGCUCGGGGGAGACGGACAUGAUUAUGCUAGAUGAGGCACGUCGGGACGUCGCGAUAUCCCACGAUGCAGCUCUGGAUGUGGAGAAAGAGAUGGUAAGUCACGAGGAAGAGCGUGACUCGUUGAAACGGUAA